UUUGGGAACACAUGCUACUGCAAUUCAGUUCUUCAAGCACUUUAUUUUUGUCGUCCAUUUCGAGAAAAAGUCCUAGCAUACAAGAGUCAACCUAGAAAAAAAGAGAACCUUCUUACAUGUUUAGCCGAUCUCUUCCACAGCAUAGCUACACAGAAGAAAAAAGUUGGAGUAAUACCUCCAAAGAAGUUUAUAACAAGAUUACGAAAAGAAAACGAGCUCUUUGAUAACUACAUGCAGCAGGAUGCUCAUGAGUUCCUAAACUAUCUUUUAAACACAAUUGCUGAUAUUUUACAAGAAGAGAGAAAACAGGAAAAACAAAAUGGCCGUCUACCUAAUGGCAGUAUUGACAAUGAAAACAAUAACAGCACACCAGACCCAACCUGGGUUCACGAGAUCUUUCAGGGAACAUUAACUAAUGAAACCAGAUGUCUUACUUGUGAAACUAUAAGCAGCAAAGAUGAAGAUUUUUUAGACCUUUCUGUAGAUGUAGAGCAAAAUACAUCAAUUACUCACUGCUUAAGGGGUUUCAGCAAUACAGAAACUCUUUGUAGUGAAUACAAAUAUUACUGUGAAGAAUGUCGCAGUAAGCAGGAAGCACAUAAAAGGAUGAAAGUAAAAAAACUGCCUAUGAUUCUAGCUCUUCAUCUGAAAAGAUUUAAAUACAUGGACCAGCUACAUCGAUAUACAAAACUGUCUUAUAGAGUAGUGUUUCCAUUAGAGCUUAGACUUUUUAACACCUCAGGAGACGCAACCAAUCCUGACAGAAUGUACGACCUUGUUGCUGUGGUAAUUCAUUGUGGGAGUGGCCCUAAUCGAGGACAUUAUAUUGCAAUAGUGAAGAGUCAUGAUUUUUGGUUGCUCUUUGAUGAUGAUAUUGUAGAGAAAAUAGAUGCACAAGCUAUUGAAGAAUUCUAUGGGUUGACAUCGGACAUCUCAAAAAACUCUGAGUCUGGUUAUAUCCUCUUCUAUCAGUCUCGGGAUUGAAUGGGAACUGUGAUGCCUCGUUUCUUCUCUGGCUGUGUUGGACUGGAGCAAGCACUGAUAUUAAAAAAGGAAUGCAGGGAGUUCCAAGGACAGUCGCGCAGUUUGCACAUUACAAAGCAAAGUUUUGGAUAUUUUUAAACCCCUUCACAUCAAGCUCAUUUUGUUUGCUCAGGUAUCCUUCUGAUCGCACACCUCAACCACAACUACUAGGUGAAAAGAGAGAUACCAGCCACUCUUGCAGGAGCAGCCUUCCAACAGCUAAACACAUUUUCUCUCUUUAAAGUCCUGAGUCGAAGCCCCUGAAAAUCAGUGGAAAGAAUCAUUGACUUCAUUGGGCUUUGGAUCACAGCCUAAUUGCAACAAUCUGGAAGUGCAAUAGAAGCAAUACAAAUCUGGUAUUUUAUUCUGAUUUCUUAUUUGAAAAUACAGAGGAUUCUUUGUGCAUUAUUAAUUUGUUUGUGUUCAAUUCUGAAAGACUAUCUAAAAUCUAGGCAGGUUUUUUGUUUGUUUUUUUUUUCCCCUGGGUUCUUUCAUGUAUAAACAAGAAAUAUACUUGGGGCCAAAACAGUUGCCUUCUUGACCAUAUCAGAUUAACUGAAAAUAUAAACUGUCAGGGAGGCCAAGUGCAUUUUGCUUCUCUGAAGAAGCUUAUGUUAUAGUAUAGUAAUAUAUACAUAUACUGUUGGGAACAAUCAGUAAAAAAUCAUGGCUUUUAAUCUUCCUAUGGAGAAAGAUUGGAUUUUUAAUAAUAGUUUAUUUUUAUUUAUAAAUCAGUGAAACUGCUCGGGACCUAUGUAUUGUCUUUGAGUGUAACAAAUAUUGAACAUAAUUUUCUAUAUUACUUCAAGUUAGAUUUACUUACUCUAUUUAAUUUUUUUUUAAGGAAAGACAAAUUCUAAAUAAAAUGCAUAAAAUGCCUUUUAAAAUAUUGGUAAUCUAGAAGGGAUAAUUUCUCUUUUUAAGGAGGAACUGGUAUCUGGCUAAAUGUUUUACAUUGUUUAAUUAUUAAAUUAAAACAUUAAUUUUUUUAGACUCUGAAAAAAUCAAGUUGUGAAAUGUUUUUUAUAGGUGUCUGAAUAAUGAUUGUAAGAAUGCUUAUUAUAAUGAAAUGCUAGCGCAGUGGUGGUGACCCCAAUCUUUACUAUUCUUUACUCGUUAAGGGUGCAUAUUCAAAAUAAUUUGUUAGAAAAACCUGGAUCAGUGUAAGCCUUUUUAAGGACAUCAGUCCCUCUUCAAGAAAUUGAUCCAUUUAGACUCCCAACAGGUUGGGAGACUUUCAAAAAUCCCUCUACAUACAAAAUGUUACUGAUAAUAAAUGAAGUACUCUAGGAAUAUAAAAGGAGUUCAGUGUUUUGAAAUGUUGCAAGUACUAUGAGGUGAAAUUUUCUGAAAUUAAAUGGUUUACCUUGAUUUGAGGUUAUGAAACAGCAUUAAGAUUUAAAACAUAGCACCACCCAUAAUAGAUGUAAUAAGAAAAAUGUAUAAUGUUGUGAUAUGACACUUCUCCAUGCAUCAGUUUGUUGUCAGUUAAUGACCGAAUGUAAUUUCUGAAAAUGAUGGAAUACAUAUUUCAGAUUAUGGCUAUCAGAUCUUGGAAAUCCUUGUCAUCCCAUAUCGGAUAGUGAUUUGUACUUUACGGUAAUUUUCUAAGGUUAUUUUAUUGGUGCCAUUGAAACCUUUUAAAAGAAUGUCUCCUGUCUGCUGCUAUAAUUAAUAUAUUUACUUACCUGUAUUUUUGAGCUCAGGAAAUGACUUCACCUAUACAUUCAGUUGAACAAAUCUUGAACAGGGUCACUAAGUAAAUUGGGCUAUUUAACAAAUAUGAAGAAAAUUCUUUUAAUAUUACAACAGAUUGCUUUUAUAAAUACAAAGUUUCUGAAGCCUUGUCUUGACUCCAAUUCUUUUAUAUAAAUUCUAUAGCUUGGCUAAACUACCAGCAUUGCAAAAUAAAGCAUAUAAAAUAUUGUGGAAGAGACAUAAAAAUAAUGGAUUGGUUAUUUUUAAGGGCUUAUACCAAAUUAAUUUAGAACCUAAAGCUGUUUUUCCAGCUUUCAGUGGGAAAAGACUGAGGGGUGAAUCAGUUGGACCACUGUACAUGCCAGAAAGAUGAAGUCUCUUACAUUAAAAGGACAGCAUUGUAAAACCACUGUCACAUUAUCUUUUGUUAACUGAUAAAUGUUUGUUCAGUCAUUUUACAGGUUUAAAAAUAUGUAGUUAAAAGCCAAGCUUAGUUGCUAAAUACAUUUUAUACAGUAACACAAUUUAAAGCAUUUUUGUUUCACUGGUAGCCACAGGAUAUUUUGUUUUAUUUCUGCAACAUAUUUUUAUAAAAGGGUGACUUAUUUUGGAUAGGAUUUUUAGGAUAGUGGUUCCAAAUGAUGCAUUUAAUUUCACUUCUAGUGCAGCUGAAAAUGUACUAAAUUCUUGAUAAAACUGAUACCAGAAAUUACAGCUAACUUAAAAAAAAAGACAGAGGAAGGUACAAAGUGUAACUGACCAAUAUAAAAAGCAUUAUAAGAUUAUCUCUUGAUUGUAAUUGCAAUGGAGAAUGUGGGGAAAAAUCUUCUCUUGUAAAUGGUAGAAAUGAUUUCUGUGUAACUCUGUAAAUGUUAAUUGGGAUGACAUGUCCCCUAUUUUGUAUAUUGGAGCACAAAGUCUAUUAAAUAAUAAAAUAUGUUCUCUGAAGGUAAGUACAGUAUUCUUUGUAU